UGCGUGAAACAGUGGCAAUCUAGUAGCUUCACAGGAUUCCUGGUGUUAUGCUAACAUUGUCAUCUUCGAGUACGUCGUGAGUCAGUCUCAACCUAGAGUGCGGUACUACCUGAGCGGCUAGGACUGACAGGAAGUGCCUUGAGCAUGUCCCGCUUUCCACACCGUCUGUCAGGAUGCUCCAUCACCAUCGAGUGCACAAGACUGAGGACGCGAUUGAAGGAGGUUUUCCGAACCAUGGUCUUAUCGCAGUUGCCAGUCCCAAGCCGGCGUCUUCUUGUUCACUCUGCUAGCGGAUGCGAAUGGAGCCCGCCACUACGUCGAUGUAAGUAUGUACUCUAUGUGUAUAGUAUGUAUGUGUAUAUGGGCAUGCAGGCUGAGGUAGACAAAGCCUGACACCUUCUAGACGAAGUCGUUUCGUGACUGAAUCUUCGGUAAAUUACACAGUAUAGGUGUUUCUG